AUGGAUUCCACGGACACUGGUUGCAGUUAUUCUUUUGAUAGUUAUAAAUCUCGCAGCGGUACUUCGCUGAAUUAUAGCAGUGAUAUAAAUGCCAUUAGCGUUGAUUUGCCAGAACAAUCAGAUGAUUUGAUUUCUUCAUAUAAUGGCUUUAAGUAUUUACCACAUUGGCCACCAGUUAGUUUGGAAUUUCAAAAUUUAACUUAUAAAGUACACGAUGUAAGCAAAGGCAUGAAAACAAUUUUAAAAAAUAUUCAUGGAGAAUUUAAAUCACACGAACUUACUGCCAUAAUGGGCCCCUCGGGGGCUGGGAAAACUACAUUACUUAAUCUUCUAGCAGGCUUUGGAGGCUACAGUUAUAGCGGUGAAAUAAAUGUCAAUCAUACGCCACGUAAUUUAAGAUUAUUUCGUAAAAUGUCACGCUAUAUCAUGCAAAAUGAUGUUAUAGAUCCUCAUUUUACUGUCAUGGAAGCCAUGAUAUUUGCCGCUAACUUAAAGCUAGGAAAUGAUUUGACCAAACAACAAAAGCUAGAAGUAAUCGAAGAGAUACUUAAUAUGUUAAGAUUACAAAAUGCAGCCCAUACCAAGGCGGUACGCUUGUCGGGCGGUGAACGUAAACGUUUGUGUAUUGCUUUGGAAUUGGUAAAUAAUCCACCGGUGGUAUUUUUAGAUGAACCAACUACAGGCCUAGAUGAUCUCUCUAGUACUCAAUGUAUACAAUUACUACGUCGUCUGGCACAUGCAGGACGUACAAUUAUCUGUUCGAUUCAUACCCCUCCAGCCAAGCUAUUCGAAAUGUUUGAUAAAGUUUAUAUAUUAACCGAAGGUGAAUGUGUCUAUCAAGGCAGUGUUGGUAAUAUAGUACCUUAUUUGAAAGAAAUUGGUCCCACCUGUCCGCUUACUUAUAAUCCAGCAGAUUUUAUCAUUGAAGUAGCCUGUCGAGAAUAUGGUGACUAUCACAAGAGUAUGGUGAAAGCCAUUGAUAAUGGAAAAAUUUAUCGCUGGCAACCAGAAUCUGAAUAUAAACAUCCGAAAUCGAUAACACCCACCAAAUCUGAUACAACCUCGGGUGCUUCCUCAUUCGAUGAAAUCGAACAAUUUGAAAUGGAUUUUGAUGUGAAAAAAUUCAAGUCAACAACUACAUGGUGGAUGCAAUAUAAACUAUUAGUACACCGUAUGAUAGUAAAGAUGUGGCGAGAUAAAUCCUAUAUAAAAUUAAAAUUCUAUAUGAAUAUUUGCCUUGGCCUCUUAGUAGGUGGUAUAUUUUUGGGUGUUGGAAAUGAUGCCACAAAAGCGUUAUUUAAUUUUGGUUUUGCUUUUACCAUAGUAAUUGGUUAUUUGUAUUUGCCACUGAUGCCGGUGUUAUUGCAAUUUCCUACCGAAAUGAAGUUAUUAAAACGCGAACACUUUAAUCAAUGGUACGGUUUAAGUUCUUACUAUAUGGCCAGCAUAACCUCGAAGUUUCCCUUCAUGUUUGUUUUGGCUUUUAUUUAUCUAUCCAUGGUCUAUGUUAUGUCCAGUCAGCCAUUGGAACUUUUUAGAUUUGCCAUGUUAUUUUUAAUAGCCAUACUUACAGCCCAAAUAUCAGAUAGUAUGGGCAUGGUUAUAGCCUCCCGAUUAAGUUUAGUGAAUGCCAUGUUUAUGGGUCCCGUUAUGGCUUGUCCCUUAAUUUUACUAUCCUUUUUUGGCAUGGGCUAUGGCAGAGAAAUUGAAAUAUCCGUUUUUAUGAAAUUCAUUAUGAAAUUAAGUUAUCUACGUCAUGGCUUGGAGGGUCUAGUUGAAGCUCUCUAUGGCUAUGAUCGUGCUGAUACAAUAUGUCCACCCAGUGAAAUGUUUUGCAUGUACAAAAAUGCUCAAUUUCUGUUAACACUUUUGGGUUUUGAAGACAUCAACUAUUGGACUUCUGUAGCAUAUCUAGGUUUUUAUAUAUUCUUUACUGUUGCGGGUUAUAUACUAAUUAAACAUCGUUUAUCAGCUUCAGGGGGAUCGAAUCGUUUACUGCAGUAUAUUAGUCAAAUGCUGGUUAAAUACUUUAAUUUUACUUCGUAUAAAUAUUAACAUUAAAAAAUAAUUUAAUUUUUAAAGAAUUUUGUAUAUAUAAAUUUUAAUUUGUUAUAAGUAUGAAGGGAAAAAUUGUAUUAUAUAUUUUAGUUAGCUCAAACAUGAAUAGGUUUUUAAACGAAAAUGGUGAUAUUAGUUUAAGGAUAAUUUUUUACAGAAAAUAUUUUAUUAAUAAAGAAUUAAAAUAUUAAA